AUGUAUUCAAGAAAGAUUCUGACGCCAGUAAAGGCGUUUUUAACUAAAGUCGAGAAGUUGUUUUCAACAAAACGGACUUGGAAAUAUGCCUCUUUGUCCAAGACAGACCAGGCUGAGGAUGCCGCCGAGAAGGUUGAUUGGAAAAGGAGAGGGAAAUGGCCAUUCUACCAGCGCUGCUUGGUCUUCCUUCUCCUGGGUUCCAUCCUCACUGGGCUUACUGGUAUUUUGAUAUUUGUCGGAGCCAAAUAUUCUCAUGCGAAAGGUUCAGGAACAAAUCAGGUAACAAGUAUUAACGAGAAUCCCUUCCAACCUGCCAAGUCAUGCCAGUACCCUUCCGUACGUCAUGAAUGGCGUACUCUGAGCAAAGGGGAACAGUUCGAAUAUAUCAGAGCUGUUAAAUGUCUGACGCACAGGCCAUCACGAGUCCGGACAAAUGGGACACUAUAUGAUGAUUUCCCAUGGAUUCAUGCAACUUCAGGUUCAUUCUCACACCACGCGGCCGCUUUCUUGUCGUGGCACAGGUAUUUUAUUCAAGUGUUUGAAGACACAUUAAGAGAGGAUUGUGGAUAUCAAGGAACACUGGUGUACUGGGAUUGGUCUCUGGACUGGAAUAAUCUGACCGGUGCCCCGGUGUGGGAUCCCGAGACGGGCUUUGGUGGAGAUGGUGAUAUGGCUGGAGAAAUAACUAUUGGCGAAGGAAGAUGUGUUACUGAUGGUCCCUUUGCAGGACACAUCAACAUGUUCUACGGGCCCAAAGACCAUCCCCAUUGCUUAUCAAGAGGAUUUACGGAUGGCGAAGGCCACUAUGGAACUAUUCCGGGCGAAUCGGUGCACCCGGAACGCAUCGAGGAUAUCCUAAGUCAGGAGGAUUAUGAAUCAUUCUUCUUUGCGCUGGAGAAGGGCCCACAUGACACAAUUCCGAAUGGUGUUCGUGGAGAUUUCUUUAGUUUUACCGCUCCAUAUGAUCCUGUGUUUUACUUGCAUCAUACCCAACUUGACCGCCUCUGGUGGCUUUGGCAGGAGCGCAACCCAAGAGAAAGACAUUUCGAGUACACUGGUCCUGCGUCAAUGGGUAGUGAUCACAUGGCAUCGGUCUAUGAUCAGCUCCCAAUGUCUGGAUUUGUCGAGCCGUUACGAGUCACGGACAUUAUGAACACGGAGUCCGAUUUCCUCUGUUACAGAUACUGA